AUACUUUGACUAUCCACCACAUUAUUAGGGCUGAAUAAAACUAGCCCCAACUCUCAUAACCUGAUUGACCCAACCCUAUUUGACAAUUUGUAGUUUGUUAUUUGACUCAAAAAAUAAUUGCACGUUGAAAUUUUAUAAAUCACACAUAAUGGAUAAGGUUGCGGAAGUAUGAACCUCAAAGCCGAUCAAUGUUAUCGACCCGAUCAACAUCAAGGUACAUUUGCUACUCUUUGAUGACUUUCCCUUCAAUUUUCACCAGUGAAAGUUGGAAAUAUUUUCCUUCUUUAGUUCCCAGACUACUUUGCUCCAAUAUCUUGUGUACUAAAAAAAGUUUGUAGUUGAUAUUUAUUGCAUUUGCUUUCGAAGGAACUUCCCUUAUUGCAUUCCAACCAACCAAACCGAAGGAGAGGAUAACCAACCCACCGAAACCCACGCGGCGAAAAUAUCCAACUCCGUGGCAUGGGAACCACGCAAACCCACGCAGAACCCGCGUUGAAAAGCGUCCCAUGCCGCGGCGCAACUCUACCCGUGUCACCCGUCGAGGAGCACUCCCCCCCUAUAGUAGAUAAAAAAAACAUAUACACUGAAUCACGGAGUAGCGACAUUUUGGCCCGAAAAGGUAUAAAUUUUCAUUUCAAUUUAAUGAACCAAUGUUGUUACACAAAAUUUAGAAAUAUAGACAAAAAGUUCAAUUUUAUGUAUUUGGUAUACAGUGGUUGAUUUGAGGAGUAGCUUGGUCGAGUCCAAAUUUGAUUGCAUGAGUGGAUAAAAAUAUGAUUUAGUAACUUUUAAUGAUUAUAAUAAUUGUGUUCAAUAUUGACAUCACACUGAUUAUAAAAGUAUACAUGCAGUAACUUUAGUCACAUUUUUGUCCAAAAAAAAUUGUAUUAGUAAUAUUUUAGGAAAACUCUCUUGAUUUUAUUCCAUUUUUUAUUUUAUAUAAAUUAAAUGUACACAUUUUGUCGCAAUAUAUUUGUCUCAUUUAUCAUUUUUUUCAUCAGUACCACAAAAUGUCUCUUAAACUGUAGUUCAUACGGAGUAUUUGUUUAUAUUUAAAUGCUUUUAAUUCGAUCAGUUUAACUUUUUUUUUGUCUGGUCACUCAAUCUUUACUCAUGUUUUUGGAAUUAAAAUAAUGUUGUUGUAUUUAGCAAAAUCGUAACCACCCCGUUUUAUGUUUAUUUUAAGGGAAAAAUAAUUUAAAUAACCCAAACUUUGAAGUAGUGUGUGAUAAGUACACCAACCUUGCACAUGUAAUAUAUAUACCUCAAACUUUAUAUAAAAGUUAGGUUAGCACCAUAAUUAUAUAUUUUUUCACAAAUGCAAUUUUAUGGUGCUAAGUAUAUAAUUUAAAAUACACAAAACAUUUUUGAGGAUGCAAUUAAAAUUAAAUUGUACCAAAUGUAAUAUUAUUUAUUUCACAAAUGAAAUUUUAGAAUGUUAACUACAUUGUAACAAAGCUUAGAGUAUUUUAAAUUAUGUAAUUAUUCCAAUGAAUUUAUAUUCGUAAAAAAACAUACAAUCAUGACGUGAAAGUAACAUUUUAUAUAAAGUUCGGGGUAUAUAUAUUACAUAUGCAGGUUUUGAAUACUUAUCUCACACUCGUCUAAAGUUUGGGGUAUUUAAAUUAUUUUCCUCUUAUUUUAUUUAUGAAAGCCGGUGUAAUAAUAACAUUAUGGUUGACUACCUUCAGAACAAAAAUACAAUUUAACCAGCCAAGUACUUAGUAGUCUCAUCCUAAUUCAAGAAUGUUGGCUUUAACAUAGAACAUACACUAUAAUAGAUUAAUAGGUAAUAAUCUUUGCCACAAAAAAAAAAACUCCAUCCGUGCCAAUAUUAAUUCAUGUUUUGACUUGGCACACAAUUAAGAAAGUACAUGAGAAAUGUGUGGCCUAAAGUUGUACAGAGGAAAGAGAAAGUGAGGACAAAUGUUAUAAUCCAUACAUUCUUUGCUAGAAAAGGAAAGAGAAGUUCAUAUUGAGACAUACGAAAAAUGAAAGAAUAAAAUUAAUAUUGAUUCGAAGGGAGUACAAUUGAAGCAAUUUAAAAAGGACCGGCUAAAAAGUGUGCGGAUAAAUGGUGUGGUCUUCUUGAUGUGAUAUAUCAUAUGGAAUGAAAGAAAUAUUAGAAGAUGAAGCGCAAUUGUAGGAAGCUUGUAUAAGGAAGAUCACAUGUUAAGAUUGUUAACCAAUGGCUUCUAUUGUAUUGCGUUAUAUUUGGGAAGCCAAGGGUGAGAAAAUUGGUCUAAUAUGAUGAAAAGAAUGGGAAGACAAUUGGGGAGGUAACUAGCUGGGAGGAGUUCUAGGGUGAACAAACCUCUCCUAGAACCUCCAAUCCCAACAUUGUUCAAGAAUCAUCAAAAGAGGGCCUCUCCAUCCCUUGAAUAGAGAGGUCCUAGACAUUCCAUUUGAUUUGUUAAGGAUUUUGCAAAUCAAGGUUUUUUGGAAUAGGAAAAAUUUGCAUUGGUUUUCUUUGCUUUUAACUAUUGUGAUCAAAGAACAAAGUAUGAUUAAUAGCCAAAAGAGUGCACUAAUGAAAAGAGACGAGUCGGUUGUGGUUGCAAUUGACAAGGACAAAGGAAGCCAAUUUGCUCUCAAAUGGGCUAUUGAUAAAUUCUCUCUUGGUAAAGGCAAAAGUGUCACCCUUCUCCACGUCCUCCUCAAGCCUGGCGCUGCACAAAAUCCUGAUGGAAGCUAUUCAUCUGUACACAAAAGUCAACUUGACAAUCAAUCCAAGGAAUUAUUUUUGCCUUUCCGUUGCUUUUGCACUAGAAAGAACAUACACGUUAAUGAAAUUGUAAUUGAAGGAGCAGACAUAUCAAAAGCUCUAUGUGACUAUGUUCAUGUCAAUGCAAUUGAUAACAUUGUGCUUGGUUCCCCAUCAAGGAAUAGCUUCGUCAGAUUCAAGACACCAGAUGUUCCGACCAGUGUAAGCAGAAACGCUCCUGAGUUCUGCAAUGUCUACAUAGUGGCCAAGGGUAAACUUGCUUCCUCAAGGACUGCCAGUAUCGCUACCCCCACGGUGUCUGCCCGUAGCUCAACAAGUUCUGGUUUCUCCGAUCCUCGCCUCAUGCAUAGUAAUGAGAGCCUAGGGAAUGCUUCAGAGAGAUCAUCACCAUUUUCACAUAGAAGCACGGAGGAUAAUGAUUUCAUCAAAUCUCCGUUCUCUAGAGGCCAGUACUCAAACAGAUCAUAUGGGGAACUUUCCAUACCAGACUCUUCUGACAUAUCAUUCGUUAGUUCGGGUAGGCCUAGCACAGAGCGCAUGUUUCCGAUGCUCUCUGACAGUCAAGAAUCCAGUAUCCUCCAUCGCCUUUCCAAUGGCUCUGACACAGACAACAGGUUGAGUUUUGGGUCAGCACUUUCUGGAUCCAGGCUAUCUGACAUGAACUAUAACCCUUCCAACAUCUUAUCAUCACACUCUCAAGAAAGUGGAGGAUCUUGGUCAUCAUCAUCCCAGACUGUGGAUGAUGUAGAGGCUGAAAUGAGAAGGCUAAAGCAGGAACUCAAGCAAACAAUGGACAUGUAUAGCACAGCCUGCAAGGAAGCACUCUCAGCAAAACAGAAGGCUCUAGAACUCCAUCGUUGGAAAAUGGAAGAGCAGCAGAAGCUAGAAGAGGCUCGGCUGUCUGAGGAAACAGCAUUGGCCAUAGCAGAGAAAGAGAAAGCCAAGUGCAGGGCCGCGCUAGAAGCAGCCGAGGCAGCUCAGAGACUCGCUGAAUUAGAAGCACAAAAGAGGAUAAGUGCUGAGAUGAAAGCUCUCCGGGAAGCGGAUGAGAAGAAGAAGGUCUUAGACAAAAUCGCCCAUAACGAAUGCUUGUAUCGCAAGUACUCAAUCGAGGACAUCGAAUCCGCAACUGAAAAUUUCUCCGCCUCCCGAAAAAUUGGGGAAGGCGGUUACGGACCUGUAUACAGAGCUCACCUCGAUCACACUGAGGUCGCAAUUAAGGUCCUACGGCCAGACGCCGCCCAGGGGAGGUCCCAAUUCCAGCAAGAGGUUGAAGUUCUGAGCUGUAUUAGACAUCCGAACAUGGUUCUCCUUCUCGGAGCUUGCCCGGAGUACGGUUGCUUGGUGUAUGAGUACAUGGCGAAUGGGAGCUUAGAGGACCGUCUCUUCUCGCGCGGCAGUACUCCUGCUCUUCCUUGGCAGGUCAGGUUCCGGAUAGCGGCGGAGAUCGGCACCGGACUUCUCUUCCUCCACCAAACCAAGCCGGAGCCACUGGUCCACCGUGACCUAAAACCGGCCAACAUUUUACUCGACCGGAACUACGUCAGCAAAAUCAGUGAUGUAGGUUUAGCCAGGCUAGUGCCUCCUAACGUCGCCGACAGCGUGACGCAAUACCGGAUGACAUCGGCGGCCGGAACGUUCUGCUACAUAGAUCCAGAGUACCAACAGACGGGGAUGCUGGGGAUAAAAUCCGACGUCUACUCACUGGGAAUCAUGCUGCUUCAGAUCAUCACAGCGAAACCUCCGAUGGGGUUAACUCAUAACGUGGAAAGGGCGAUCGAGAAAGGAACAUUUGCUGAGAUGCUUGAUCCGGCGGUGUCUGACUGGCCGAUUGAGGAGACGAUGAGGUUUGCCAAGUUGGCUCUCAAGUGCGCGGAGCUCAGGCGGAAAGACCGGCCGGACCUCGGCACCGAGGUGUUGCCGGAGCUUAACCGGCUCAGAGCAUUGUCGGAAGAAACGAUGCCGUCGAUACCGUAUUGCCCACCAAAUCCUCAGAAUCGGUCCGGCUUUCAGAGAAGAUAGUUGAGCAAUUGUUAACCAAGGAAUCCAACUUUUGAAAGUGUACAAAUCCUUAUACAAACCAGGGUCAUGCUUGGAACUCUAACAAAUCAAGAUUCUACAGUCUUGAACUCUAUUUCAUGUGACCAAAGUUUUUUCUUUUUUCCCUUUUUCUUUGUUUUCCCCUUUGUCUUUGUCAUAAAGUUGUAUAACAAUUUUAUUUUAAAUUUAAACUUUUAAUACAAGAGCUUUUGGCUUAUAA